GUGAGGGUCCGGUGGUAAAGGCACGAAUAUUGACCUGCGUUGAGGGGAUGAAUGUGCCCUUGCUGGAACAAGCCAUACAGGAGCAGAGGAAAUACUUCAACGAGAGGCAGGAGCGGAUGGGAAACAGCACGUCCCAAGAGCAGCUCUGA